AUGUUACCCGGUGAUCACGUGACGCUGGUUCUCCUCCUGCUCCUGGUGUUUCUGACUGAGGCUGAAAAACCUCGACUGGGAUCGGAGAAGGACUCCAUACCCGAACGAGCAUCCGGUCGAGAGAAGAGGAGCCCUUUCGGCUACACUGUUCGAGGUCCCAAUCAUGUCGCAACCUUCCAGAUGGGCUCUUUUGAUGACGGACUCGCUCGGCAGUUCCCCAAAUUCUCAUCAAACGGCUUCCACCGCGGCGGGGCUUUCGUUGCGAAUCAGCUGAGCGAUUUCUUCAACAAAUUGGUUGAUCCGGGUCGUCCUCGAACAGUGUACAGAAACCCGUCGAACCCUUUCAAUGUCCAGACUCAAACUCCCAUUUUCUACAACCAAGGUCCGGUGCUCGGGAAGAAAGACGCUCCCGUUUAUCCUCGACGUAUCGCCGCAUCGCCCUCCCCCUUAUUGCCCCCCGUAAACGCCUUUCCUCCGGUGAACCUCGUACCGAGCAUUCGAUCCACUCCAUCCAUCUCACGUCAGAGUACCCAAUACUUCGUUCUCGGCGAUGCCGCGCCCGACUUCAGGAACCUCCUGAAUCAUCCCAACCUUCCCACCGCGAACCCCUUCCAGCCAUUCACAAGGAGCUUCGUCAACUAUCCAACGAUAGUCACCCUGGGCCAUUCUAACGCCGGCGUGUUACCGACGGUGAACCCGAGCCGACCUUUCCCUACCUUGAACCCACCUUUCUACACGAAUAAUUUCGCGACCUAUGCCGUCUCGCAGAUACAGCCCACCCGGACCUUUCUCCAGCCCACCUUCGUCCCGUUGCCUCCAUCGCCCCCUUUGGUACCCCCCUUGCCUCCUCCGAAUCGCCCCGUGGGUCCCCGCGUACCCAUUCCGGGACUGGUGACUAAUGCGCCUAAAGGAACAUUUUUCUGGUUCAGACUCAAUAACGAGAACUUCACCUUCUCGCCCACCUAUAGCGAUUUCAUGAAGAGCUAUCAGAACCCUCUGUUCUUCACCCGACCCAUGCAAAAUAACCUCUUCCGACCCUAUUAUACCUCGGGGAAGAGAGCUUUUCUGUAUCCAUCAGUCAACCGACUCCACCCAUCGAAUCGAAUCCCCGCUUAUGUUCCCGAUUAUUUUCCCCCGACUUUCCCGUGGAAAAUUCCAUUCCUCAAAGCCGAAGAUGAACAUCCCGCGGAGGGCCACCCGGGGAAAGUUACAACGAUCUAUCAUGGUUCUGCAGGUGGCCUGUCUCCGACAACCGUCGUGAAACGUCCCGACGUUUCUACUACCAGCACGGUAGGGACCGACCUCAGCGAAGAUUCCUCAACCGUCGAUCCAGUCUCCGCACCGGAUUCCCCAACCACCUCGGCUCCGGAUUACGACCCGGACCCAAGCACGGAAGCAGAUGCCGAUUCUGAUCCAGGCAUCGGGCGGGAUUCGAAUGGAGAUGAUGAUGCGGACGAAACAACGACGACAUCGACGACCGAAGACGAACCCGGUGCCCCGAACGAGGAGCCUGAUUUGGGUACCCAGAACGAAGAUGACGGAGCAAAGCCCAAAUAUCGAGGAUUUGUUCCAGCGACGGAGAGUCCCGGAAAGCCCACGGUUUCCGAGAGUGAAGACGAAGACACUCAGACCAAGGAACCGAGCGCCACAGUAAUUCCUUUCGAGCCGUCCGGAUCCGCCGACGGAGAUUCCUCUCCCAGACCCCGGAGUUUCGAUCAGAGUUCAAACGAUCGCGACGAAGCAGAUGCUGAAACUUCGACGCCAGAGAGCGUAACUGACGUCGAUUCGGAGGAUGCCGUUGAAGUUACACGUAAGGGGAAGUCCUCUCGAGAUAGCAAUGAUUAUGAUCAAUUUUUCGUCGACUUCAUGUCGAAUCCGAAUUCAAUCGAUGGCGCUGGGAAACCCGAGUCGGAGCUACCGGCAACUGCGAAGACUGACAUCGAAGAUGCGUCAACAACGACGACGACAUCUACCGAAGCUCCGGAUACGACCACAGUCAAAUUCGAUGAAUUCGAUCAUUUCGUCGAUAUAUUCGCCACGGAGACUCGGAAGGAUGAUACGACAACCUCGGCGGUCACAGAGACUACGAUAUCGACGACGGAACCCAUAACUACCGAAACGGAAGCGUCCACGACGACCACGUCGAAACCAAGGUUCAAAUCAACCACGAAAUCGAGGCCCAGAAUAACAUCCUUGCGAACGCCUGAAAGGGAAGAAGCCGCAACGACGGCUGCGGAGGAGCCCUCGAGCACGAGAGACGUGCAGAACGACAGAGGAUCGACCGAUGAAUUGAACACGACAGCCGUGACGACUACGAGGAUGGAGGACUCGACUCAAGAAGACGAGUCGGCAGCUGCGAAUGACCGUCCAACGACCAUGGCUAGCACUGAGAGCUCUCCCGGCCAAGAUGAAACCACCACACCGUUGGACGAUGAAGAAACUGCUUCGACGAUCACCACCACUUUCGAAAGCGCUAACUCUGUCAAAGACGGCGGGGAAAAAGAGCUUUCCGCACCGGGCGAUGAUGAGCCCGUAGAGACUACGCCUUUGCCAGAUGCCCCUGCUUCGAGUGGAAGUACGCAAGAACCUCAUCUCAGUGUUCGGAAAGGGAAGGAACUUGCUGAUGAGAAAGUUGACGAGGACUCGACCUCGCCAACGCUCGAGACCUCCGCAGUGGAUGACGUUACCUCGUCGGAGAACUCAGACAGCUCGGCAGCAGAUGAGACCUCAACAGGAACGACAGUGAAUCCAACCGGGGAAACCGACUCGACCGAAAGCACCACCGAAAACCUGGAUCAAGAGGAAGGAACAACGGGUACGCAAGCUCAGAGCUCGGAGUCCCCUGUGGAUGUUGAGACGAAACAACCGGACCUCGAGGAGCGCCGCGAACGCGUGCCAGAAACUGUGCUCGUAGGGGGGCGCAAUUAUUCCGACGUUCAGGACAAUCAUCCAGUGGUGACCGGCGUUGAAACUUCUGAAGACAAUAAGAAAGUGCGGAGAGCUGCAACUUGGUUCAAGUGGUUCCUCGAUAAGGAUAGGAUCGCGAAGAAUCUCGUCGACGACGUCAGUGAUUUCGCCACGAGUCGAAAUAUAAUUUAUGUGGUGUCGGCGGCUCUACUGAUAUCGGCCAUGUUCUCUCUAAUGGGUCUCUAUUGUACUCUGCGGCCCUCAAAAGGAUGAAGCUCAAGCAGAGAAAGACGGGAUCAUUUCUGCUCAAAUAUGAUGUCUACACGUACAACGCCAAACUCGAUAAGGGCCACCAGAGCGGUAGCACGACCGAGAUAUAAGUCACUAGUACGACAUCUGAAGAUCUUUGACGCAUGUUCCCAUGCGUGGACGUGGCUGUUCCUUUGA